AUAAUCCCAGAGCUGACCCAGAAAAGUAACUCCGGUGACGGUGACACGUACUAGAAACUCAUCUCGCUCGCUCCACAGUGCACUAAUUCGAUGAAAUACAUGUAUCCGGAGCAUCGCCUUUGGAAGUAAAGACGGAAAUCCAAUACCAGAAGCAGAACUCAAUAGAACUUCAGAGCAAGGACAAUUAGCUGGGUGACAGAGAAGCCAUGGCAGACCACAUGAUGAUGCCCAUGUCCCACGGCCCUGCAACGGCCCUCCACGGCUACAGGAUGGGGGGUAUGGGCGGCCCUCCUCAGCAAUCCGUGCCCCAGCCUGGCCUCCGCACCCUCCCCAACGGCCAGGUUAUGCACUACGGCAGGGUGCCGCAGACCUCCAUGGAGGCCGCCAUGAGGCAGCGGCCCGGACUGGGGAUGGUGGGGCCGGCUGGGAUGAACGGUCAGGUGAACAGCCAGGUCAAUGGGGCUCAGAUGGGAGGACACCACCACCAGAUGAACCAGAUGAUGUAUAACCAACAACAACAGCAUCAACAACAACAGCAACAUCAACAACAACAGCAGCAGCACCACAUGCAACAGCCCCAGCACCCUCAGCAACAGUACCACCCCAGUGGGCUCACCUCCCAGCAGCUCAUGGCCUCCAUGCACCUCCAGAAACUCAACACCCAAUACCACGGACAUCCACUGGGGCCGGUCCAGGGCCAUCACAUGGCCAACGGGGCCCAGUACAGAGUAGGGCCGGGUCAGCUGGCCAGCAUGCAGCACAUGGGUCAGGGUGGGCCAGGUAUGGUGCUGGGACAGAAUAUGGACAUAGACCUCAUAGAUGAGGAGGUUCUGACAGCGCUGGUGUUGGAGCUGGGUCUGGACCGGGUUCAGGAGCUCCCAGAACUGUUCCUGUGUCAGAACGAGUUUGACUUCAUUCCUGACUUUGUUUCUAUGAAACAGCAGCCGAGCACCGUGAGCUGCUGAGAGAUACACAACCGCCAGAUGAAGAAAGACGCUGUAAAAACAGGCCGGCGCCCAGAGAAAGACUGAACCACAAACUAGACUAGCUACAGCAGCACAUACAAGAGGAGACAGACUCUCUCUCUGUUCUAUCUGUGUGAGUUUAGGCUAUCUGUCUGUGACCAUGUAUAUUAGGCCUACAGAACACACCUGUGAAUAGUAGGCCUACCUUUUUAAGAUUAAUUGUAAGGACAAAAAGAGAGGAGAAAAAACAAAAGCUUGCUCUGCAUCAGGCUGGCAUGAGAUCUGAGCUCAGUCAGCCCAGCCACAGGUUGGCGCUCUCUCUGACGCAGUGGCCUCUGUCUAAUCUGUACUGCCUUCCAUCCUGCCUCUGGGCUGCCACCCAUGUCAUAGUGUCACUGUGUGCUGAGUUCUGUGGGAUGAUUGUAGACUCAAUCAGCAGGACGGGAAGACGAGACAGACAAGCUGAGACAAUACAAAGAAAGACUAUCUUGCUUCACCUGGGACUACUAGAUUCGAUCUAUGGCUUAUAGAAAUGUAUUUAUUUAUGAAUUCACCCCACCAAGUAGUUAGCGGACAUUUGACAAAUUGAGUUGUUAAAGAAGUUGGUGGUCUGAUUAUGAAUUAGAUUGUUGGGGAAAGAGUUGUUCAAAAAAGAUGCCUAACUAUAUUGUGUGUAUGUUGAAGGCUGGUUCUUCAAAACAGGCUUGGAGGAUUUCUUCCUCGUUACCUUAACAUUUCCUUUAGUAAGAGCCUGGGGUUAGUUUUUUUUGGGGGGUGGAUGGGGUUAGUCUCUGAUUGGUUGGGAGUUAACUGUGUUAGCCUGGGGAUCUGGUUCCUCUUCCUAACAUCAUCUGAUGACAUCAUCAGAACAACAUUCUAUUUAUCAUUAGGCUGCAGUUAUACAAAGCAAUUUUCACGCCAACUUUGGUAGCAUGCAACUGAGUUGCUUCUUGAUCGCUUCGUGAAACACCCCCUGCAGUUAAUAAGCAACUCAGUUGUAUCCAGUUGCAACGUUUCAACUUUUUCUACUUGUUGCAAGCAACAGCCAAUCAAAACAAAUGCUUUUGUCACAUGAUCCAUUCGAAGGUUCAGAACUUUGAGCCACUUGUCAUGUCAACAACACAUCUGUCAGUGCUGCGGGAACUGUGAUCAAGGUAGACAGAAGAGACAUUUGCCAAAUGGUAGCGGUAUAAUUAGAUAUUGGCAUCAGGGCUAGUUAAGGUUUAUGUACAUGCUUUGGCAGUCAAUACAUGUCCUUUUUUAAGUGAACCCAGACCUCUGACACGUUUCAACUGAUAUUUUGUUCCGCAUGAACUGCACUAGCUCGCUAAGUUAGGUAGCUUUGUUUGUUGCUAGCUUGAUAAAAGAGUGCUGGCAAUUUCAUUUUGGCUAGCUAAUUAAAAUGUACUGCCAGCAUUUUGGCUAAAUCAAUCUUUAUACAAUAAGCAAAUGGUUGGAUAAACUAAUAAUUUAUGAAAUCAAGAUGUAAUGCAGCAGUUGACAUUGGGUGAGUUUAGAAUUCUCAAACCAUAUUGAAUGACAAAACAAAAGCAGCUUCAAUUUGAUUGGCUGUUGCAUACAAUUUAAAUUGCAUUUGAGUUGCUUUGUGUAUCAGCCAAGUUGCUUGAAAUGAUGUCUCUUGCAACCUGCAACUGCAAAUAAAGUUGUGUGAAAGUUGCUUGGUGUAACUCCACCUUAAAAACGUACGUUUCCUUGAAUAUUACAUGUCCUCAGUUUAAUCACUGGCAAAGUAGUGCAGCACAUACACAGUCACAUCUCUAUAGUAAGAGAAAUACAAACACACCAUGCCUGUCUUAAAAUACUGCUCUGAACACCGAGGGUCAGCUUCUACAGUCAAACAGCUAGAUGCUCUGUUUCAGUAGAGUCUUAAUGACUACUUUAUAUUUUAUCUCUACUGGUGGGCCGAGGGAAUACACUGGAUAGUAUUUAAGGAACAACACACAUAACAUAACGGUGGACUAUUUUCUGUACAUGUCUGUGACUGGCACAGAAAGCAAGGCAGGGGGUAAACCAGUACCUCUCAGUCGCAGGUCAUUCCCUGAGUCAUAGAGCUCACUUUAGACUUUUAACAACAUUUUGACCAUUAAAAGACAUAAACACAAAGUGUUAGACUGUGACUUUAGACUUUUAACAACAUUUUGACCAUUAAAAGACAUAAACACAAAGUUUUAGACUGUGAGAAGUACAUUCAUCUAGCGCUGUAGCUGGGGGGAAUCCUAACCUCCACUGAAUAUUUACUUAGUCAUACAUUGAUGGGAGACCAAGUGAACAUUUGAUUUAAGUAGAAGUUAGGAUUUGCCCAUCUGUGCGUGAACAUCUUGUUUGUGCAGCUUGCAAGGUUCUUCUUUAAUGGGAAGUGACUGAGUUUGGUCCUCGGACUUAAGCUUGACCAAUGUGCUGACUGGGUAUGAAGACCUGGACAGUGGAGGCUAUUUCAACUGCCUUGAACUGUGGACAACGUUCAUUAGUCCAGUCUGUGGACACAGCAUAGUGCUAGGCACUACUCCGGCAGUACUUGGUUGGUUUAAUCGUUGUUUAAAGCUGCCUCUCUUUACCUGUGGCAUUGAUUUCAUUACCGAAGUGGGCCAAACCCAACAGGGCAGAGCAACACAGACAUGCACGCACUCACACACAGGUUGGUUGCUGUUUCCAUAGAUUUGCUUACUCGGCUGGUUCUCCUGUUUAGAUUUAAUGACCAGUUCACACACGCUUGUCUUAAUUGAGGUCAUCCAGCAUGACAGCCCCAAUGACUUGGUAAUUAGAAAACUUGGCACUCAAAAGUAGUGUGCUCUAUAUAGGGAAUAAGGUGCCAUUUUGGACACACCCAUGGUAAUUAGAAAACGGUCUUUUUCUGUGGCGGUGCAGUGUUCUUUCCCCCUGGCCCCUGUGCAUAAUGAUGUUUUUGCAAGGUUACUGCUCCAGUGACUAGUACGAGAACUUCCUGUCCUGUUCUGUUGUUGAGUUAUUUGUGGAGAUGUCAGAACAGAGAGGUUGGAGGAGCAGUGAGGGGUUGAAGAGAGGAUUGGGGGAAGGGGAAAGCUUCCCUCUGUAAUGCACGAGUUGUAGUAAUCUGUUCCAAUACUAGAGCUACAACUCACUGGUCUCUCAGCUCUUUUUCUAGCCUGGAAUCCAAAGGGAAUAUCGCUGUAUUUCACGAUUGUUUCACUUCACUGAAUCAGUUAAAUAAAAUGCAUAUAUUCCGUUUGGAUUCCAGGCUACUCUUAACCCCCUCGCUCUCCUGGAGAUCUGCCAUAUUGCUGAGCUCUGAGCACAAACAAACAAUGGACAACAGAAAUUACACUCAUCGUGGCAAAGGCCAACCAUGGACAUGCACUGGAGCCGAUCUAGGGCCAACACCUGGCCAACGGGGCCCAGUACAGAGUAGGGCCAGGCCAGCUGGCCAGCAUGCAGUACAUGGGUCAGGGUGGGCCAGGUAUGGUGCUGGGACAGAAUAUGGACAUAAUUACCAUAUCUAGUAAUUUCCUGUGGUCGGAUUAUCUGUUACCAGGCUAUUUAUGGCUAACUUGGUCUUAUAUCUGUCUAGAUCUGGGACCAGGCUUUUUAGGGCAGGUUCACAACCCCUCAUGAAAAAGUAAUCCAUUACAAUCUGAAAAUAACAUAUUUUUGUUUGUCUUUUAAGCCUUAGAGGGAUAGUAGCCUCUCAAAGUCAUUUGAUCACAACUAUAUCAAUAAUAUUUCAGCCUUCUUGUGUAUGGUGUCUAUGUACUGUAGAAUAGAGGUAAAGUUGACAUAAUUAAGGUACGAUUCAAAAAUCAUUGUCAGAUAUAAUUGUUAUUAAAGGCUGAUGUUGAUGUGUUUAAUGACAAGAGAUGAGGGUUUAUCAUCCAUUUGACAAACAGGAGUGUUGAUAUAAAUAGGUUGCCUGGUAAAACCAGACUGAAUGCUGGGCUUACCAUUAAGUGCAGCAUUCAGUCUGGUUUACCCAGGCUAACAAACAGUCACAUUAUAAUAAGGGUUUGGUUACAGGACAGGCCUGAAGCUUUAAGACCUAGUAGACUGCAUGUGAACAUUGUGAAAAGAGAUGUGAUGUCACCACUUUUCCACACAUCCGCUGAGAAUGUACAGCAGAACGGAAGGAAAUGUGGGAGCUGGAGUCUUAAGAUGGUGGAUACAUUUGUGAGAUUGUAUUGUAAAAUCCUUGUUCCAAAUUGCUCCACUUCAUUUAGGGGUAACCCCCCACCUCCCAACCCCCAAAGGCUUUUUUAAUGUUAUUGAUUCUAUUUUAAGAAAAUGUAUUUAUUUUCAACAACAAUAAAAUAUUUAUUUAAAGAA